AUGAUCGAAUUCGGCGCCUUYAUGAGUACAGCCAAUUUCUGGUAUAGCUUCAACGGCAUUGUGGCCUACGAUGAUAUCUACCGACAWCCAGGUGAUGCGCCAAAGCAAAAAAGUAUUGCUGCACGAUUUACAACAGUACUGCGCCAAACUUAUUGCCUUAUUGGGCUGGUCAACUUGGUUUGGGUGCUCAUCAUAGAGGCUUCUUUCGUUGUUGUCAACUUUAUAGAGAAUUCCAAUUUUCUACAAGCUGCRCGAAAUUUCACCUUCAUGGGUUUCGUAAUUGUGUCAAUUUUAAAGAUUUUAAGUAAUCUGCGGCARCGCUCACGAAUCAGCAUCCUCAUGCGGAAGCUCUACGAAAUCUAUCCCAAGCAGUCGACAGAUCAGCCGCCAUACGAACUGCAGAGCCAUCUGUUGCGCUACAGACUCUUUGGUUUUAUGCAUGCCUUUACGCAUGCCUUCACUGUUGGCACCUAUAAUUGCCUGCCGAUGAUCAACUACUUAUUUUUGGCGCCAUUGCUACAGCAUACAGACGUAGUGCGUGAAGUGCCUUUCUUUUGUUGGGUACCCUUUGAGUGGCGCGACAAUUGGCUCUAUUAUCCGCUUUAUGUKUCGCAGGUCUAUGCCAGCCUCACAGGCUUGGGUGGUUAUUUGGCUAGUGAUUUGUUAUUCUGCGCUGCAACUGUACAACUAAUAAUCCAUUUCCGGAAAUUGGCACGCGACAUUGAAGCAUAUCAGGCGGGUUGCUCGUGUGCCACAGCGGAUGUGAUGGCGCAGCAGUCGCAGCGCGAUUUAGACUUUCUCAGUGCAGCCGUUUAUUAUCAUAGUCAUACMCUAGCCCUCUGCCAGCUAAUCAAUGAAAUAUUUGGUCUGCCAGUGCUCAUCAAUUUUAUCUCGACCUCUUUCGUUAUAUGUUUUCUGGCCUUUCAAUUYAGCAUUGGCGUGCCCUUGGAUUCAAUGGUCGCGUUGGCUUCCUAUAUGAUUUGCUGUUUGGUUCAAUUUUAUAUGAUUUGUAGUUAUGGUCAGGAGCUGAUAACAACGAGUGAAAAUAUUGGCCAUGUUGUGUACAACCACAACUGGCUYGUUGCCGACAUUCGUUACAAGAAAAUGUUGAUUAUGAUCAUAAGACGCGCUCAGAAGCCAGCCAUGCUCAAAGCUACUACCUUUGUAAAUAUCUCAAUGGGUACUUUAACUGAUUUACUUCAAUUAUCAUACAAAUUCUUCGCAUUAAUUCGCACCAUGUAUGCACGAUAA